AAAAAAGAAAGCAAGUAAGCAACAAUGAUGAGCCUGCAUCUCCGGUGACAUUAUCAUAAGUUUCCGCCGAGCAAUCCCCCGAGCCCCGACCUUGUCCAUUGCAGUUGAGUAGUCUACUGACGAAAGCCAAUCUUCGCUCCAAAAUUAACUCAUGGGAAGCUUAAACAACAACAGACCUAGAACCUUCCCAGCUCACCACCAAGCCCCACUUUGCACCCGCAUCCACCAAAUCGGCGCCAUCCUCAUAGUCGCCGCCACCUUCUUCUUCACUCGCCUAUUCGACCAAUCAUUUCCCACCUGCAGUCCCUCCUCCAACCCCCACUUCACAUCCAAAUCACAGAGCCUCGUCCAUGUAACCGAUGACGGAUCUCUCUCCUGGCCUCAGCGAGGCUACGGGACCUACCUUUCCCUGAAGAUAUACGUCUACGAAGAGCACGAGAUUGACGGAUUGAAGGAGCUCCUUCGCGGCAGAGAAGGAAAAAUCUCCGCUGAUGCUUGCGUUAAGGGGCAGUGGGGCACUCAGGUUAAAAUACACAGGCUUCUUCUAAGAUCAAGAUUCAGAACGAGAAAGAAAGAGGAAGCUGAUUUCUUCUUCGUGCCGGCUUAUGUUAAAUGUGUUCGAAUGAUGGGAGGUCUUAAUGAUAAAGAGAUUAACCAGACUUAUGUCAAAGUUUUAAGUCAAAUGCCCUAUUUUAGACGAUCUGGAGGCCGUGACCAUGUAUUUGUCUUCCCCAGUGGUGCAGGAGCUCACUUGUUUAGAUCAUGGGCGACAUACAUAAAUCGUUCCAUAAUUCUUACUCCUGAGGGGGAUCGGACUGAUAAGAAAGAUACAAGUGCUUAUAAUACAUGGAAAGAUAUCAUCAUUCCUGGCAAUGUUGAAGAUGGGAUGACCAAAAGAGGAACUACUGCAGUUCAACCUCUGCCAUUGUCCAAGAGGAAGUACUUAGCAAAUUAUUUAGGUCGUGCUCAAGGAAAAAUUGGCCGUCUUAAAUUAAUAGAUCUUGCGAAGCAAUAUCCAGAUAAGUUAGAAUCUCCAGAAUUGAAGUUUAGUGGCCCUGACAAGCUUGGAAGGUUGGAAUAUUUUCAACAUCUGAGGAAUGCCAAAUUCUGCCUUGCUCCACGUGGAGAGUCUUCCUGGACACUUCGCUUUUACGAGUCCUUUUUUGUGGAGUGUGUCCCUGUUAUAUUAUCUGAUCAAGCAGAGUUACCUUUUCAAAAUGUAAUCGACUACACCUAUUUUUCAAUCAAAUGGCCAUCUACUCAAAUAGGUCAUGAACUUUUGGACUACCUAGAAUCAAUACCAGAUGAAGAUGUAGAAAGGAUGAUAGCCAGAGGGAGAAAUAUUAGGUGUUUAUGGGUAUAUGCCCCAGAAUCUGAGCUUUGUUCUGCGAUGCAAGGAAUAAUGUGGGAACUGCAAAGAAAGGUGAGGCAAUUACACCAAUCAGCUGAGACGUUCUGGUUGCACAAUCGAACUAUUGUGAACCGAAACUUGGUUGGAUUCUCUAGUUGGAAACCACCCAUGCCUUUGCCAUGAUUUUUCUUGGAAUUAGUUGGCUUAUGUAUAUCUGGUUAGUGAACAUCUUCAAUUAUUUUAUUUUGGCUAUAAUUGAUGCUAGUCUAUUGUCACUAAUUCAGAAUUUGUAGAACAAGUUCCUCAAUUUUUUUGUAGAAUUUAAUUUGUAUGUCAUGUACAGGCAUCCAGUUUGGGUACAAUAGAUAGAAAUUGUUACUGAUCACACUGGUGAUUGUAUUUUUGCCAAAUUACACGUUACAAAUUCAUUCCAUUGAGUCGUCUCUUUGGACUUUAUUA